AUGAUGACGGAGGUAUUGGUGCUGGGGCGUAAUAGGAUAGUGGUAAUCCGACGAUGUGCAGUUGUGGAUACAGGAUCACUGACCGCCCGCGGCAAUGGUCGGGGCCCCCUGGCACCGCCCCCGCCCCCGCCCCCGCCGUUCCGCGCUGCCCAGGUGGCCGUGGCGGCGCGGCGAGAGAAAGUCCCCCUCCCCUCUGACCUGGGCACGGCCGAUGGCCGCUUCUACGAGAUGGCCCAAGGCGCCGCGCCGUGCCGAGCCGCGCCGCGCCGCGCCGUGCCGUGCCGUGUAGUGCCGCUCAGCGUGGGCAAGCGCGGCCUGGCGGGCGAGGUUGGCAGCGCGCCGGGGGCGACAGCAGUGUCGAGCUCCGGCGUGCAGCUCGCCCUGGGCGGCGGUCACGCGCCCGCCGCCGUGGUCCUGCAAAACCACAACCACCACCACCAGCCCAUCCCCAUCUCGCAAACGGUGGAGGUCACCAAACACGUCAACGUGCCCGUCGUGCGGUUCAUCGGCGUUCACGUGCCGCACCCCGUGGCCGUGCCGGUGCCGCACCCGGUGGCGGUGCCCAUCCCGCAGCCGUACGCGGUGCAGGUGGCCGUGCCGCACGCCGUGCCCGUGCCGGUGGUGCGCACCAUCACCAUCCCGGUGGAGAAGCCCGUGGCCGUGCCGGUGGAGAAGCACGUGCCGUACCCGGUGGAGCGGCCGGUGCCGGUGCCGGUCGAACGCCACGUGCCGGUGCCGGUGCCCAAGCCCUACCCGGUGCAGGUGCCCGUCUACAAGCACAUCCACCACUACAUCACCACGCACAAGGGAGGGUGGCACUAGGUGCGGUCCUUCACGUUCUUCGUUAGCAUUUAAGUACUCCCAGAACUGCCUCUAGUAUUAUUGUAAACAUUUGUUACUUGUUAUGUUUGCAUUUUGUACAGUGUUACUUGUUUUUUUAUAAUAAAAAUAUAUUUUAUUUUAUA